AUGGCUGGUGCCAUGUCGGCGCAGGAGAUCUCGCUGAAGCUGGCGCCUGACGCGCCCAGCUCAUCAGCGCGCCGGCCGCUCAGCGAGCCGACAGGACAGCACACGCCCCGCCUGGCGCUGUCGGACCGCACCACCUUCGCCUGCAGCCGGCACCUGAAGCCGUACAGGGCCGGCCGGGCACCUCCGGCGCGCGGACGGUACCGCUUCUUCGGCGACCAGGUGGUCAAGGCGUGCGUCUCGAACGGCGCCAGUCACGUGGACAUCAGCGGCGAGUUCCUGGAGGGCACCCAGCUGAAUUACCACGAGGCGGCAGAGAAGGCGGGCGUGUACGUGGUUGGCGCGUGUGGCUUCGACUCCAUCCCAGCCGACAUGGGCGUGGUGUUCGUGCACGACAAGUUUGACGGCGACCUGAACGGCAUCGAGAGCUACUUCAACGUCAAGACUGGCCCCAAGGGCUACCGGGGCAUCCACUACGCCACCUACCAGUCGGCCAUCCACGGCUUCGCCAACCAGCACGAGCUGGGCCCGCUGCGCCGCCGGCUGUUCGGCAAACGGCUGCCCAGGUCCGACUACAAGCUGCCGAACCGCGGUAACCUGCACAGCAGCUCGGUCAUCAAUAAGUACUGCCUGCCGUUCCUCGGCUCGGACAAGUCGGUGGUACAGCGCAGCGUGUUCCACAAUUACGAGAAGCGCGGCUGGCGCAACGUCCAGUACAGCCCGUACGUGGGCAUCGGCGGCUGGUUGAGGACCGUGUCUAUCACCGUCCUGCUGGCGGUGUUCGGACUGAUGGCCAGCACCAAGUUCGGACGCACCCUGCUGGAAAAGUUUCCGCGCUUCUUCACGCUGGGCGCCGUCAACCACGACGGGCCGACGCGCCAGCAGAUGGCCGAGACGUCGUUCUCCAUGACGUUCGUUGCGCAGGGCUGGAAGGAAAAGCGGCCGCAGGACGAGCAGCACACCUCACCGCCCGACCAGACGAUGGUGGCCCGGGUGUCGGGUCCGGAGUGCGGAUACGUGGCCACGCCGAUCUGUCUGGUACAGUGCGCUCUCAGCAUCUUGAAGAACCUGGCAAGAUGCCCGGCAGAGACAUCUCUGAUCGAGCGGCUGAACCAUCGCGGCGUUACGUUCGAGGUCAUCGGCGACCAGUAG